AGACCAAAAGGCUGAGAGUGAGGGAGUGAGGGGGAAGCUUUUGUUGUGGUUCCCUCGUUAUUUCGGGUCCUUUUCCCCCUGGGCGGCCCGCAGCACCCCCCGCACCUACUAUGAACUCUGAAACAUGUUUAAGAAGAACGCCACCUCGUCAGACGUGAAGAAGAGCCUCAGUAAAUGCCUCGACGUGAAGAGAGAUACGCCCACCAGACUCAGGCACCUGCGGACAGUCUUGGACAACACUGAUGUGGGGGAGCUCCGAGCUUUUCUUGAUGCCAACUUCAGCCCCGUGUUCCAUAUCUUCUAUGAGGCGUUCAUCACAUUUGAGGGUAACCUUAAACAGAAAGGAACAUUUGCAGUCCAGAAGGGCCACAAAGAGGACUUGGAGUGUUCCCUCUUCGUCCUCGACCGCCUGCUGUGCCUGCUGCCGGAGAGGUUUGAGAAGCGAUGGCAGUGCAACGCCCUCACGCACAUAUUCAAGAAGAUCCUCCACCCGGGGAACAUCGUACGCCUCCGCCGGGAUGCCAUGCGGCUUUUCAUCAUCUGGUACAUGAUAGUGGGGGACAACAAGACGCCAGAGAUGGACCGCAUGUUCGCCUCCAUCGUCCCAGGCUUCCCGACACCCCCUCCGGCGUCCAUCUCCCCCGACCUGGGCUGUGGGGGGAUUACCUGCCUUGAGCCUUCCCCCGUCAUCCCCCCAUCCAGCACAGAGAAGACGCCCCCCGAUGACCUCUCCUCGUACUUCCUCAGGUCACUCCUCGACUAUAUGGUGACUCAGGUGCGUCGUGUGGAGUGGCAGGAGCGCACGCAGCAGCCCCGGGCCUUCUCCUACCUGUUCAACAUGUUCAGGAUGUGGUACAUGCCUCACAUCUUCCCAAACUUCAACUCGGCAAACUCCCUCUACAAACCAAACCUCGAGUUGCCAGAGCUGCGCAGUAGUCCCGGCGUGAGUCCCUACGGUACGUGUCAGGUGGCCGUGGUGGAGUGGGUGCGCAAGUUUGUGGUGACAGCUUCCCAGCGUAGCGGCCAGUCUGCGCCCUUGGUGGGCGAGGAGGACGGAAGGCGGUCAGGCCACAGCGAUGCACCAGAGGGCAGCACCAGCGACCAGGACUCCAUCACCUCAGCCUUCUAUGUCACGGAUGAGAUGGGGUCGGGGGAGGACGCGGUCAUGGUGCGUGAAAUCCUCUUCUCCUCGCGCGACAAUAUCAACUUCAUCCACGAGCUGUUCCGUCAAGCGCUCUGCCUCAGCUUCCGCUACGCCGCCGUCAUGAAGACUGUCAUCUUCACCUACAAGGACUGGAUACAGAUGAAUGCCCCGGAGAUGCCGCCCUUCAUGCUGGAGCCUCUGGAGGGUGGGGCCGUGGCGAGGGAUGAGGGGGUGGUCCAGCAGGAGGUGGUGCCCCCGCAAAGGCGUAUAAGAAAUGAGUCCUACCUUGGGGCCAUCAACAAGGACAUCCACAUCAGGGCAGGACUCCAGAAUGUGUUGCAAGUGUUUGUGACGAGUGUGGCCAACGUGUUCCUGCUGGAGGUGUCCCCUGACUACCCGCGGCUCCUGGAUGAGCAGGUGGACGUGUGCAAACAUGUCCUCAACAUCUACCGCUACAUGGUGAUGAACACACGUAUGGAGCAGAAGACAUGGGAGCAACUGUUGGUGGUGCUGCUUCACGUCACAUCCCAGACACUGUGUGGGCGCCCAACCACACACAAGGAGGACUCGCUGGGCAGCCGCUUUGCAUCUGCACUCUUCCAGACCCUCAUCGUGUCGUGGAUCAAGGCCAACCUCAACGUGUGCAUCUCCGGCGAGCUCUGGGACCAGCUGUUGCUCACCCUGUCCUCCCUCACCCACUGGGACGAACUCAUCAAGGAGUGGGCGAAAACCCUUGACACCCUGACCCGUGUGUUGGCCCGGCACGUGUAUGGCCUGGAACUCAACAGUCUGCCGCUGGAGCGCGUCAAUGAACGCCGACUCAUCAAGAGGGGCGCCACCAAGCUCUCUGGCCUGGAUUCUGUGAGGAGCAGCUUCGCGAGGAGCUGGACCAGUGUGAGGAUGGAGCGGCAGGCCAACACUCCGGAGGCCCACACCCCCGGAGGCCCCCCGACACUCACCAACCUGCAGGAGGAGUCACACCCAGACAACGCCAGCUCGCAAGGGAGCAAUGACCGCAGUCCCUUCGCCCGCAAACGUCGCGGCAGCGCUGGUGGUGGGUCCCUCAAGGCCAGUGGGGGGGGCAAUGGCAGCAGCCCCAAGCUCUCCCCCCACCACCCCUCCGAGGAGCGCCCCCACACCUCCCACCAGCACCACCACCACUCCCACCACCACCCCAGCCACCACCACCACAGCCUGGGCAAGAGGCUGUCGCGCUCACUGUCGGAAUCUAACCUGCCCGUGAGGAGGCAGUCGAGGAGGGGACACAUGCGAGACGAUUGUGAUAACCACCGCUUCCUUCACGGGCCGCGCUCCAAGUCCCUGGAGACCCUCUCACACGGUUACGGAGACGAUGACUCGCGCACUCCCUCCCCCUCGCCGUCAUCUGGCGUUGAGUCGUCCUCCAUGAAGGACUCUCCGAUGCAGAUAGAGCUGGGCGGAGACACAACCAGCAUCGACACCCUGGAGGGAGGACUGUCAUCGGAGCAGCGUUCGGUGAUGUCUGGUGGCACGGUGCGGGGAUGGCUGCCUGACGUGGCGGUGGUGCUGUGGCGGCGAGUGCUGGGCCUCCUCGGGGACCCCAACGACGUAGCCUCCCCUCAGAUCCACGCCCAGAUCUUCAAGUACCUUUCGGAGCUCACGGAGACACUGGUUAAGCUGCGCAACAACCAAAGCAUCUCCCUGGACAAUCAGAGCAGCCCAGAGCCACCAGAGCUCAUCCCGCCUCUCACACUAGUGGCUCCUUGGUGCUUCAGGGCCCUGACGUUGCCCCCUGCCUACCGCCGGGGCAAGACUACGGCCUAUAGGCUACUGUGUGUGAUGAUGGUGCGACAUCACGACAUCCCGCUGCCCCGAGACAUGCUCACCCACUUCUACCGAGUCCUGCACCAGGGCCUCGUCGGGCAGGACCAGGAGGUGAUCAACACGCUGGUGGCCGAGUGUGGGCCGAGCUUCUUCUCGUUGGGUCUGCCGGGCUCCUCCAUGCUCACCCUGGACUUCAUCUUCGCCACCAACACCGUCAUCACCUCCACCGAUGCCAAAAUUCAGUCACCUAAGAUGGAAGCCCUGAGUCUGCUUGGGUCCCUGCUGCCGCUGUCGUCGCUCUACCCGUCCAUGCCCGUGCUCCAGCCCUCAGCCUCCGACCUCACCCUCAUGAACUGCUCCGACGUGAAGGAUCACUUGGUCAACGUGCUGCUGAAGAGUGGGAAGCGCGACGGGUGGUGGCGGACAAGAUCGCUGGCCCUCUCCACCCUGGCCAUCUACCUCUACCAUGAGUUGGCCCACCAGACAUUCCACACCAAAGUUAACGAGGCCAUCAAUGUGCUCCUGGCGUCCCUCAAGCAGGCAGUCCCUCCCCUGCACCACAACAAGCACCCAGCCCAGAGUACCGAGAUUGGGCGGCUGGUGAGCCAAGUCGCGGCUGACCUCCUUCUUCUGCUGUGUGACCACUCCGAGGCCUUCCUCACACACUACCCCGACAUACCAGGAAGGAUAAUACAGGUGUUGUGCCAAACGCUUGGGGCCAUCGGGACAGACCAGAACCUGACAGGCAGCUCGGAGGGCAAACACCUGGUGCUCUCCUGCCUCUUCUGCCUGGCCGAGUGGGUGAUGCGGAUGCCACACCAGGUCCUCAUCCAGCCAGGCCAGGACCGCAAGCCCCUCCUCCAACACGUCUUCAAGGUGCUACACGUCAUAACCAGCGGAAAAAAGAAUGGUCACUUCCGCUCCCCUAACAUAGAGGUGCUGGAUUUCGAUGCCCAGGUGAAGGAGGAGGCCAGCAGGAACAAUGACUCUGGACCUCGCACGGACUCCCUCAAGCGGUCCACCUUCACACAGCCUUGUACCUCCACCAUACAGUUGGCCGCCAAGUCUAUCACAAGCCACAUCAUGAACCACCUCUGGCACUUCCCGCUGGGUGUGGGGGCCCAGCGCCUCUCAUCGCUGGUGGUGGAGGGCGACGACGUGCCCGGCCUCACCAGCGACGAGCUCUCCUCCGAGGUGUUCCUGUCGCCCCACGUCCAGCUCUUUGCCCUCAACCAGUCCUGCCUCCUGUCCCUGGUGCAGCUCCCGGCCCUUCAGGUGCCUGGAGGAGCCGCCACUGUGGGUUUCAAGACGCCAAGCUCUGAGGUGAGACUCAUCCUGCGGGACCUCUCGGGGAAGUUCUCCUGGGACGCCUCACUGCUCUACGCCCCGCCUGACGAGUGUGUGCAGGAACAGCCCGGCGUGAAGCACCCCCCGCAUCCCCCACACUCCCCGCACCAGUCCACGCAGGUCCAGGUGCAACAGCAGCAACAGCCCAUCAUUGCCUCCGUGACCACCAACUUCCAGACGGGCGCCAUCCCCUCACCGACAGGCCUGGGGGUGCCGUUCAACCUUCCCCCUGGUCUGGACAGUGGCCGCGACGACACCAUGUCCUCCUCCCUAGUGGUGACUUCGCCGCCCCGCCACACCCUGCGCCACCGCCCCCCCGGAGUCCUGCCCACCCAUGAGGACUCGGCAGAGGAUAUGGAUAACUUGGACGAUCUGCUGAGUUACAUUGGCCACACGAGCCCCGAGGUGCUGGAGCAGUUUGGCCACGCCCUGAACGAGGCGGUGGGCCCCCCCCCGACGCUGCCCAUCGAGGCGCAGCACGACGGCAUCUCCUCCAUCCUGAACCAGCGCAACGUGGAGACAGACUUCUUCACUCGGCACUCGAUUGACCUCAACAUGGUGUGUCCCAGCUCCCACUGCCCUCACCCUGUGGAGUCGAGGUCAGCCUUCCAGCAGGGUCGCCUCCUCUUUGACCAGCUGGGCCUCGGGUCAUGGGAGAAACGGCAGUCCAUCUACACCCUCAAGAAGAACGAUAAGCUUCUCCGGGAGCUGAAAAACCUUGACAACCAGAAAUGCCGAGAAACACACAAGAUGGCUGUGAUCUACGUGGCGGAGGGACAGGAGGAUAAGAUGUCCAUUCUGAGCAACAGUGGAGGAUCGGCAGGGUUUGAGGAGUUCGUCGGUGGCCUGGGGUGGGAGGUGGAGCUGUCCUCACACACAGGCUUCCUUGGAGGGCUGCAGCGUAACGGGUCGACGGGGGAAACGGCGCCUUACUACGCCACAUCCCUCACUGAAGUGGUGUUCCAUGUGUCCACCCGCAUGCCCUCCUUCUCCGAGCAGAGCAUGUUGCAGAAGACUCGUCACCUUGGCAACGACGAGGUUCACAUAGUCUGGUCAGAGCACACGAGGGACUACCGGCGCGGCAUCAUCCCCACCGAGUUCUGCGACGUGCUCAUCGUCAUCUACCCGCUGCCCAACAGGCUCUACCGGAUACAGAUCUCCACCAAGCCUGAAGUUCCGUUCUUUGGUCCGCUGUUUGACGGGGCGAUCGUGGCCCACAAGGUGCUGCCCGGGCUGGUGCGCUCCACUGCCGUCAAUGCCUCCAGGGCCAAACGCAGCCGCCUCGCACUCUACCAGAACUUCUAUGAGGAGCGUGCCCGGGCCCUCAACACCAUCAUCGAGCAGUACAGCGAGGCGACCACCUUCGAGGCGUUCAUAUCCUCGGUCUACUGCCCCGUGUUCCCCUCCACCUUCGCCUCCGGACCCACUCGAGCCUCAGGGACAUCUUUCUCCUCAAGGGUGUUUGAUGGCAACGCGGGCACCACGGGUCUGGCCGCGGCACUCUUGGAUGGCCCGCAGCUACCCCCCGGACCCCCCCAGCGGCCCCCACUCACGCGCCCCACCAGCUACUCCACCGGCGAGCAGCACCAUCUGCGGGAGAAAGCCAGAAGGGUGCGUCAGAUGCUGGGGGGCAAGCGUCACCACUCCACAGGUAGUAAAGGUCCCCCUCUCACCCCGCCACUGGAAAAGAGCAACAAUAACAUAAGCCACGAGGAGUGUGACUCGUGCCAGGCGCUGGACAAGUGUGUGUUGUUAAUGGACCACAUGAACAGUAAUGAGGACACCGGUUCUUCUCCACGAGGGAACAAGAAACUCUCCUUCAAGAACCCACGCAAGGCCUCCUCCGCCGUGGCCUCCACUGGUGUUGCCGCAGCUGCUACCACGCCCCCAGAGAGCCCCAUGCCACCCCCCCGGAGGCCCAAGGACGGUACCCAGCAUGCUGCCCAGCGGAACAAGUAACAGUGUGCAUGGAGCGUGUGUGGUAGUUGUAGUCAUCACUCCACGCAACGGUAAACACUUACUAGGCUGGUGCUGUCGUGGGGGGGAUGGGGAGGAGAGAGGGAGGAGGGGAGUCAUGAUACACUGACUCAGAGCUAAUUCCAACACAGUGUUUUCGUAACCGCCUGAACCAAAGUAUACAAUCCAUAAGGUUUUCGAUGUAAUGCCAGAUACACACAAGAGAUAUCCUGUAUAGCUGUUCCUCAAAUUUCUUAACUUAACCCGGUAGCAGCGACGGGCCAAAUUUGUGACUUUCCCGUGUAGCAGCGAUGGGCCAAAUUUGUGCCAUGAUAUAAACCCCCAAAAAUAGAUGAUACAUAAUCUGAUUACAAAUGCUUUGAUAUGUAUUAUGAAAUGGUUUGUGUGAGGGAUGAUUUUUUCUCAUUUUUCUCACUUAGAGGGACCAUUAAGAAACAUGAUCCCCGCUCCUACCGGGUUAAAUAUAAGUGCUAGAUAAUAUAUACAAGGAAGUUUCGAAGGCCUUGGUAUUGGUUUGGGAGAUUACUAACCCAUCGUGUAGAACUGUGAAAGUGGCCCUCGGAGUUCAGUGCAGCAACAGUCCUCCCUUGCCCAGGACCUUCAGUGUGCUGCAGAGUAUUUGACGGAUGAGUGUCGGAAGUGUCACAAGUGGGUUUCAAGACCAAAGGAGAGCAUAGGGUGGAGCUCAUUCUUACUGCCAGGUCAACGCAAUAGUUUAUAUCCUAAUGUACCCAGGGCUCAGUUUGAUUUACUCGUGUGACCAUUAUCGCUGUCACGGAUAUGCAUCACACGUCUCGCUGUCUAAGAAACAAACUAAAGCUUAUGUGGUUCAGAUGAGCUGUAGCGUGAAGCAGCUUGAGAGGCUUAGGUUGUAUUAUCAUAUGCUUCUGCCUCUCACAUCAUCUAUUACCACAGGCUGAAAAGUAGAUUGAUCAGGUUCUCAGGAGUGUUUUUCAUAUUCAUGAUGCAGACACCACACUCGCUAGGUCAUAAAACUACCCAUGGCAAUGCUCACAACUCCUACGAAAGCCUUGUCAUGUGUGUGUGCCUAGACGGCGAAAUGUUGAAGACUAUGGCCCUUGUUCCCCUGAGCCUCAGCAUGAAGCACCACAAGUCUGCUGGACACGUUGCUGCACACUAUACACUAACAUGCUGCUCUUCACAAAGCCACGAAGCUAGACUUUAACUCAGAGUCUCCACAUUGAUAACUUGAGGUAGUCCCACUUCUCUCCUUGGGGCAGGGACAAGCAUGCAACUGUCUGGGCUGGGUAGUGUUACUCUAUGCAACAUUGAUGGAGUCUGCAAGGUGCAUCCACACCAGUCAGUUUCUAUUGCCUUUAUACUUCUUUAUGAGGAUGAGUAGAGUUUUGCGUAUAUACAUAUGUACAUACUAUCUAAAAUUACUGCUUUACUCCGAUAGCAUGAUCUUGACAAAACAUUAAUCUCUCAGUAUGAGCUCUCCAUGCAAACUUGCUUAUAUAUAAUCCUGUACAUGCUUCCAUAACAUAGUAAUUCAUGUAUUCUGUGCAUGAAACAAGUAAGGAAGAACACAAAUGCCCUGGAGACUAAACAAAAGUAAGAGAGAGAGGCAGGCACAAAGGUCUGCUGAGGAACUUGGAGAGUCAUAUUUCCUAAGAGAUCUCCGAGUGUUUAUUAUAGUGUCAAGCAGCACAUUCUGUCUCUACUCACUGUGGAGCUCCAUCUGGCAUGCUGAAGGAGCCACAUGUCAAUAGGAUGCCUUACUUUCUCCAUGUGAGGGAGUCGUGUCGAUUCUCUAAGUUGCAUGAGAGACUUGGGUUCUCUUGUAGCUCUUAACACAGGACAUACCGUUAGGUGUUUUGCCAAGACUUGAUCAUCUGUGUAGCUUGUAUUUUGCACUGUUUUCUGUACUAUCGAGAGGUAUAAGAAGGUGGUGAUCGGUUCUCUGGUUCUCGUGUGACCAUGUAAGCCUUUCAUGCCUGUAUCUGUAUAAACUAUUCUUUUUUAUUAUCAUUAUCAUCUAAGUCUUACAUUGCUUCAGAAUGAACUGUAUAAUCCAUGCACGUGCUUCUCUUCUUUGAUACUUUCUGAGGAUUCUCGUCUUCUGUACAUUCUCUCGAGGCUCACGGACCUUAUAGCACAAAGUUUGAGGUGAGAGCACUCACUAAAAGCACAAUUUUAACCCGCCGCCACUUCUCAUUAGGGCACGUCUUAUCACUUCACCGCCAGUAAUCACGUUUCCCAGCCAUCUCAGUCAGACCACGUAUGGUAAUCACAUCUGCCUGUUUUGUGUGUCCAUAUGUCCACAGUAACAGUAACGCUUCAGCAAUGCCCAGUCAAGUUUGUCAACACAGUUCAGUCACACCAAAGACUCGCUGCUUCAAGAACUACUGUAGUGUAUUUACGAUCCAUCUCCUUAUGAUUGAGGCUCUUCAAGCAGGCUCUAGUGCUUCAUCAAUUCACUGGCUCCAUGAAAAUGACUCCACCGUUUAUGUUUUAGUCUCUUGGCUGUAUCUGAAAUGCCAGACUAUUAGACAUUUGUAUAUUAGUCAAGGGAGUAAAAAGAGGACAAAGCUCAUAAGAGGAUUAUUGAGGGUUAAGGAAAUGCCAGCUAUACAGGGACUGUAUGCUACAGUAAUGAGGCUUGCUUUGAACCAUCUCUCUGACAGCUGCACGCAGCACUACAAAGGGACAGUCUCCAGGAAUGGCCGCUGCAGGCUCUGUGAUCCGUACAUCCAGUUUUAAUAAUUUUUGUUCACUCUCUACGUAUCCGACCAUCCGCGUUGUGCACUGACUAACAAUGUUGUGGAUUGUUCUGUUUAUUUAAUAUUUGAAUUAUGAUUAAGUGUUGAUAGUUACUCCAGAUUUAGUUUCUCAAAGUAUGUUAUGAUGAUGCAGUACGUAUGUCAAACUUAUGUAAGCUAUCUCUAAGUUUGAUUUUGAAAGUGAAUAUUUCCUUACUUGGUUGAAGAGAAUGAGUUGCUAGACAAGACUCUGCUGCUGGCUCUGAACUCUUUCAUGUCCGGCUCUGAGGGAACAUGUUGAUGGGAACACUUGCUGCAUGAAACUCUUUGGCUGAGUUUGUAACAGAGGUCAAGAGCAAGAUGGAAACUGCUACAGGCUCCUACUCCUUUAUAUCUAACUCUAAAGGAACAUAAUGGGAACACUUGCUGCAUGAAACAGAGGUGGGGAACAAGGUUGAAACUCCUGCAAAGUUCAUAUUGUGUGAACGUAUGAAGCUGCAUCACUUUAUUGGGUUUGUCAGUCACUAAGCAAAUAGACUGAGGCAAGCUGUACCUCACUGCCUCCUGGCCAGCACUGAUUCAUAACCUGGCAGCAAAGUGGUUAGCACACUCGGCUCACAACCGAGAGAGCCCGGGUUCGAUUCCCGGGCGGAGUGGAAAAAUUUGGGCGGCUUUUCCGAUACCCUACGCCCCUGUCCACCCAGCAGUGAAUGGGUACCAGGUAUCAAUCGGGGGUUGUGUCCCGUCUCCUGGGAUCUGUUCCCUUCCCCUAUAAUUCCUUCCCUUUCUGUCUCUCUCUGGCAAAUGACCACAGAUGUUGUUCCGACUAAACAAAACUUUCCAACCUGGCAGCAAGAUGUGAUUCAUAGAUGUUGUGAAGGGAUGUGUGGUUGGUCAUUUAAUAACAGAGAUGGUGGAUGUGUAAGAUGUUUCCCUCAUAACCUGGCAGCAAGAUGUGAUUCAAAGAUGUCGUAAAGGGACGUGUGGAUGGUCUGUUCGCCCACAUAGAGAGACCAUCAUUUAACGAUAGAGAUGCUGAAUGUAUAGAAUAUUUGCAUCAUAACCAGGGAGCAAGAUGUGACUCAAAGAUGGUGUGAAGGGAUGUGUGGAUGGUCUGUCGGCCCACACUGACAGACCCACACUUAGCGAUGGAGAAGUGAAUGUAUGAAAUGUUUCCCUGAUGCAACUGGCAGAUGAAAGGCACAAGCAUAGCCUUUAGUGAGCCUGAGGUGUGUCUGGGGCAGAGUGAGCAGUGGUCCAGGGCGGAGCGUCAAGGUUGUUCUGUAAGGCAGCAACAGUACAUAUUCCUGCCGUGUGUCUCGGUGCGUCUUGGUCGCCGUUUUGUUAUAGGUUAAUUGAGUUACCUGAUUUGAUAGUACUAUUGUAAUAAGUUUAUAGCUGUACUUAGAUUGCAGAAAUUAUUAAUAUCCACUAGAUGAGGUUGAAGGUGCAUGUGUUCUCAGUAUUUUAAGUUACGUUUUAAGUAUUUAUUUUACUUAACGGUAUGGAAUUAACAGUGAUUAUUUUUAAGCACUUUUAUGGGGACGAUUAAAACCUUUACCUUAAGGAAUAUAAGUUAAAAUGUUGUAGCUUUAAUAUUAUUUAAAGUAAAAACUAUAAUUAUUCACAAUUGUCGCAAUUCGCCGCAGCACGUGACUGUUGCUGCGGCAAACUAACCUCUCAGCGUCACGCACUCACCACCACACACAAGAACAGCUUUAACUCCACCACAGAUCUCUAUGAAGGGAUCAGACAGUGGUUUGUGUACAGCAUUUUCGUUAUCUUGACUUCACAGGCCAGAUAAGAAGUACACGCUGAGAGGUACUGUUUUACUUGUCACAUCAAGGCUAAGUACUACAUCUAUCCACUUGUUAUUAUACCCACAGAAUAUUUUACUUUUCUUGUGUGUCAUUUCGAUGUUACCACUGAUCUGAGAGUAAGGGGGAGUGCUUCAGGGGAGGCCAGAGGAAGCGUUGGCUGGAGGAAAUGUUGGCAGUGAGGCGGUAUGAAUGCUUUGUCAGAACCUAGGAUGAUGUGUCUCCUUGGCAGCCUCAUAAGCAUAGAGACCCAAGCUUGGUGUCUGGUUACACUGGAGAGUUGUCGAACCAUUUUCUUUAAUACCCAUGUCACUUGUCACUACACUACGAGCUGUACAAAAAGGGUAGACUCACAGACACACCUGCAGACAGUAAAUUUAUAUCACGUGCCCCCCACCUACUCCCACGCACCCACGCACACACACACACGCCCCAUCCUAGCUCUCCCUUGAGUAAUCAUAGGAAGGAUUUCAAUCAGUGUUCCUUCCCUGUGGAGAUAUCCAGUCCUGCAAUAGUCUAGGAUGGCACAUUACCUUCUAUGCAGACUGUUAUGAAUUUAAAGUGCAGGUUUAUACACAGAUCCUUUUUUUGUGAGUUGCCAUGUUUUAUGGUUGUACAGCAAAAGGGAAGAAGAAUGAAUUUGCCCUCAAUUUGCCAGGUGACUGUGCAUUAGUUGUGUCGUGAGUUUGUUUUAGGCCUGUAGUCUGUUAAGGAGUUUUCCCAUGACCUGCAUUGCCUCACCUUACUGCCAUGUCUUGCUAGCUCCACCUUUGGACGUAGGAGGACGGAGGUCUUUUGCACAUCCUCAAUAUUCUGUGAUACUAUUCCUUCCUCGGGCGCUGCAUGGCUAGAGCUGCUGCUGCUAGUCCGUUAGUUUCCCCUAUUAUUUACGUUUCGGUUUCUCCCGUAUGUGUCUCCACCGAGGUUCAUGGUCCCGUCACAACUCAGGGCGAAGUGGACUUUGAGGAGCAACUCUUGUUCUCAGUAACACAUGUAACUGCUCAUGGAAGGGAAGAGACGAGUGUUUCCACCCCUCGGCUCAGCGCUGCAUUGCUCCACGCCUGAGUCUUCACCAUGCUGAGGGGAACAGUGAUGCGUACUUAUGUUUUUCAUUCUACAUUGUAUUUCACGCUCCCAGUAGUACAUAUACAUAUACUAUACAUAUAUAUCUAUUUUAUUCUUAUUAGUGUUGUUAGACAUUUGUACUAUACUGAUACUACGUGUAUGUUAUGUGCUGAACCGGUGGCCGCUGUGGCCUUCCAUGGGACACUAACGAUCUGUUCUUUACUGCCAUUUGUAUCGUGUGCAGCCCAGCAGAAAUAUGUCCCACACUACACCAAGUUAUCACACAUUAACCAACCCGGGUGUUUUAUUCUUACGCUGGUCAGACUUUUAACACAAUGACGAUUAGGAGAGUUUAGGUUAAAGCAGAUUGAUAUACUCAUUUAAUUUAACUUAUAUAAUUUAAAAGAAGGGUGUUGAUUGUUACUUGAGGUGAAUUGGCUGAUGAGUUAAGUUUAGUCCCUCAGUUAUCGCUAAAAUUUUGUUCUCUAGAUUCAAACGGUGACGGUGAAGACUGUGCAAGGGUCGUGAUCAUCUGGACUGUUGUUGUAGUUAAUUAAUAUCAUCAUUAUUGUUACUGCUAUUAUCAUUAUUAUUUAUUAUUAUUAUUAUUAUUAUUAUUAUUAUUAUUAUUAUUAUCAUUAUCAUUAUUAUUAUUGCCGGUGGUACAAGGCUGUUCAAACACAUGAGCAAGGUUUCGGUAGUCCAACAUCUUCGUUCUUGAUCACUGCUAUUCGUGAGGAGUCACAUUAAGAGAGGUAAAUACCCCUUUGUUGCAUUUUUCAUGAUCGCAACCAAACGUACGUCAUCUCUGCUUUCUAAUCCUCAGCCACUGAGCGAUCAUUGAAUAUCAAGUCUAAGGGUCAAUAGAAGGACUUAAUCACCUUACUAUUGAGUCCCCUUCAGGAGCCUCUCAGCUCCCAUCCAUGGCUUAAGGAGAGAGGCAGACAAUUGCUACAUCUGUUGUAGUUUUGUUUAAUCCACCGUCAGUAUCUGGUUCUUUUCCACAGGCCAAGCAUUUUCCUGUGGUUCAUGCUGCAUGCUGGAGAGGUGUGUGAGGGUCGUAUGAUAAGAGUAAUAUAGUGUUUUGUAUUGCCACUCUUAUGGAACUUGCCUGAACAAGGGUGGCUAUGGCAGGAGCCUCCAGUGAUCCCUGUUGCUAUUCUGAUUCACCUUUUUAUCUUGUUGGCUUCAGGUGAUGGCUAUAGUCACUCAUCAAGAGAGGUUUGGGGAGUGGCUAUAAGUGUUCUCUGCUUGACCAAAAGUUCCUCCUCCUAUCCAUCAUUUCUUUUCCCUGUAUCCAUCCAUUAUCCCUUUCUCCAACUUCUGUCCAUUAUUUCUUCUUCCUUCUCCUUCCUCUCCUCCAUCUGUUCAUUAUCUUUGAUCAUCUCUCUCCUCCUCCCUCUAUCCAUCAUUCCCUCUUCCUCUUAUCUCUCUUCCCACAACUCAUCCUUCCCAUCUCUGCCUUGCUGCAAUCUAGACCAUUACAGGGCACUGAUGAAAACACCCCAAAUUUAUAUAAGGUAGCCCACAUGCUGGGAAGGCCACAAUCACUUUCUAACCCAAAGCCUACUGGUAAAGCUAAGGGUAAAGUAACUGAGAUUGUAUUAUUCACAGAGGUGUCUUUUGUAUGUUCUUAUAUAGGGAAGUGUGUAUAGACCAAGAUUGUAUUGGUUUACUGAUAAGAAAGAAAAGAGUUAAAAAAAUAGCUCAUUGAAGAUGGAAGAGAAGUUUGAUCAAUGUGAGGUGCUAAAUCAGACACAGGAUUAAUGAUGGUAUUCCCUUUCUUAUUAUUAUUAUUAUUAUUAUUAUUAUUAUUAUUAUUAUUAUUAUUAUUAUUAUUAUUAUUAUUAUUAUUAUUAUUAUUAUUAUUAUUAUUAUCAUCAUCGGCAUCAUCACGUCAUCCGCCUUUACAAAGUUAGUCACCGUGACCUGUGACCCGUGAUGACCUCGUGUGUCUGUGUUGUGAGGGGCGUGACCACAAGGGGCGCCGCAGUGUUGUGAAAGUUCGUGUGGUGGGCCCCGCGUUCCCCGCCCCACCCCGCCCCGCACUGUCCUCAGAAAAUGCCGACCCACUGGCUGACCCGCGCCGUAAUUCGCAUAAAACGAAAACCAUUCCAUAUUUCCUUUGCUGCCCUGUACAUGUUGUAUAUAUAGAACUUCUCUGUACAUCUAAAUAGUUAUUAUGUAUUAUGUAUAUAAGAAUAAAAGUAUAGUUCUCA